ACCCUUUCGCUUAUCCAUUGAUCUUCAAUCAAGUGGAUAAGAAAUAUCCAACGUUUUCUCUUGGUCAUUUUCUUUAGUCCGAGUUCACUGCUGUUAUUGGUGGGCGCAAUUAUUUUUGGAAGUUCGUUACCGUAACAGGAUAUCCAUAUUGGCCCUACCGUUUUGGACUUUUAGGCAUUCUGUUUUCUGGGUAAACAAAAUGUCCCUUUUUAUCCCCUUACUUCUGAUAAAGCCAAUGCUUGAGAAGAAGAAGCAGCAGCUGCCAUGGACACCCCAGAGAUCUCUUUCUCCCUGCCUUUUAUUCUAUUAGUCUCCAUUCUCCAUUCUCUGAUCCCCUCAUGUCAAGUGCUUGCCUGCAAUCCAAAUGACCUGACGAUCCUUAAAGGCUUAGCUGCUUGUUUGGAGUCAGACAUUGGUGGCUGGAACGUCUCUAACUCCGAUUGCUGCUCUUGGACUGGUGUAACUUGUGCUAACUCCACCACAAGCUCAAGCCUGAGGGUUGUCAGGUUAGAGCUUGGGAGCAAGAGGCUUUAUGGAACUGUUUGCGAGUCAUUGUCUGCUUUGGAUCAGCUGAGAACCUUAAAUCUAUCCAACAAUUUUCUUCAGGGUUCUCUUCCUACCAGAUUGUUCCAAUUUCAGAAUUUGGAAAUCCUUGACCUGUCUCACAAUGAUUUCACUGGUUUCCUUCCGGUCAGCAUCCGGUUACCCUCAAUUACUUCCUUUGACAUUUCAGACAAUCAUUUUUCUGGUGCUGUCAAUUUUUCUCUUUGUGACAUCUCAACAACAAUCCAAGUUCUUGAUGUUUCAAACAACAAUUUCGCUGGAGAAGCUUCAACUUUUUUCCGAAGUUGUACUUCUCUGCUGCAUGUUUACAUCAACGGCAACAGUUUGUCCGGUGCUUUUCCGGUAAAUCUCCUCCGAUUACCAAACCUUCAACGACUUCAUCUUCAGGAUAAUCAUUUUUCUGGUCAACUGGAUGACAGAAUCGGUAACCUCUCCAAUCUUGUUGAGCUUGAUGUCUCCAACAACAACUUCACCGGAUACCUCCCGGAUGUGUUCGGCAGCCUAGGAAAGCUUGAAUACUUCAAAGCAAUCUCAAACAAGUUUACCGGUGAUUUGCCCAAUUCUCUAGUAAAUUCCCCUUCCCUGGCAAAGGUUGUUUUUUCAAGGAACCUCCUGUCUGGUCCGAUCAAUUUCAACUGCUCCGCCAUGGUUCGUCUCUCCACCCUCGACCUCGGCAGUAAUAAUUUCUCCGGUCCAGUUCCGGACAGCUUAUCCUCUUGCAAGACCUUGACAGCUUUCAAUCUCGCAAGAAACAAUAUUGGCGGUGAGAUCCCAAACAGCUUCAGAAAUCUCCAGGCACUGAAAUACCUAUCCCUCUCCAACACCAGCAUCAGCAACAUCUCCUCCGCUCUUCAGAUCCUCCAGAACUGUAAGAACUUAAACAUGUUGAUCCUCACCAAAAACUUCGAUCAAGAAGAAAUGCCAAACAAUGUGGAUCUUCAAUUCAAAAGCUUGAAAGCACUGAUUAUCCCCAACUGUCGUCUCAGGGGAUCUCUUCCGAUUUGGUUGAGAGCCUCCACAAUGCUACGAUUGGUGGAUCUAUCAGCGAAUUCUCUGAGCGGAUCGGUUCCUCCUUGGGUAGGAGAUUUCAGGUAUCUAUUUUACCUGGAUUUGUCUAACAAUUCCUUCACCGGAGGAAUUCCGGAGACUUUAACUAGACUGCAGAGCCUAAUUUACAACAAUAUCACGGUGGAGAGAUUCUUUUCCGAGUUUCCUCUGGUCAAAACAAGACAGAAUGCUUCAGGGCUGCAGUAUAAUGCAGUUGACAGCCUUCCACCGACUCUCGACCUCAGCUACAACAGACUCACCGGACCAAUCUCACCGAGUUUUGGAGAUUUAAAGCAGCUUCAUGUUUUAAGCCUGUGUCAUAACCAAUUGUCCGGAGCCAUUCCAGGCGGCUUGUCCGGAAUGAAAAGCUUGGAGACAUUGGACCUAUCAUAUAACAAGCUCUCCGGCCAAAUACCUCAUUCACUAGUACAACUCAGCUUUUUAUCAAAAUUCAGUGUAGCAUUCAAUCAGUUGUACGGAGAGAUCCCAACCGGAGGACAGUUUCUAACGUUUCUGGAUUCGUGCUUUGAAGGAAACUCAGGUCUCUGCGGGACAAACUUUAAGCCCUGUAAUGUUGAACGGACUCCGCCUCCUCCUCAGCCCGGUAGUUCUGGUGACGAUAGAAUGGAAGUUUUUGGCCUCAAUUUUGCAAUUGGGAUUGCUGCCGGUUUUCUGGCUUCAGUUACCUAUUGCGUCAGCCGUCCAUUUAAGUGUUCCAAGGGGCAUGGAAGAACCAGAUCCAGAUAAGAGUAACAGACAGGCAUACUGAGUAAAAUAAAGCAACUCCUGAUGU